AUGAUAAACAUCAAGUUAAUAUUUAAAUUUUGCUCAAAAACCAUUUUAUCAAACCUACCAAAAAAAGUUUAUGCUAAAAAAUCAUCAGGGUUUUUUGGUUCUUUAUUUUCAAACAACUACCUAUCAGAGACAUCUUAUAAUUUGUCUCAUGAGCUAUUUGAAUUUUUGCUCUAAACAUAAUACAUUCAGGAAAACUUUCCAUGUGUUUAAGAUAGCGCAGAUAUCCAUGCAAACAUGAUGGCGCUUCAUGUUGCUCUCUUGAGAGAAAGAAUGAAAUCAGAAGGUACUAAAAUGGCAAUAGAGGAAGCAGACAAUUUCUUCUACUACUGCAAAACAAAGCACUUUUUAGAAUUCGCAGAAAGUAUAAAUUCUGAAAUUCCAGCAGAAGACUUUAGAUAAUACUACUAAGAAAGUUAUUCAAAUAGGGUAAAUGUAAUAGAAGGAAACUUGCAAGAUCAUUUUGGCAAUCUUUCUUUCAACAAAAAAGAAAAUGAAGACAAUUUAAAUAAGUUACUCAGAAAGAUAAUCUUCAUGAAUUUCUUUAAAUUGGAUCACCCAUUUACUCUAAAAUUGACAAAAUAUUACCUGGCUCAUAGAUAAUAUCUUCAUCAUAUGACCUACUUAGAUUUAGUAACUAAAAAAAUUAAUUGGGGCUUGUAAGAUGACCCUAAACUGUUAGCAGAAAAUUCUGACGAAGAUAGAUUAGUAAGAUGA